UGGCGUUCUUAGAUUCUCUGGCUCUGUUGCUAUGUACAUCUGUUUAUCCUAGCAACAGGACAGGCAUUCUGGCUUUUAAAGAACCCCUGCUCCGGUUUUCCUUUUUCCCUCCCCCCUUCCUGAAAGGCAGGCUCUUGAUUAGGGUCAGCGAUGGCACCCAAAAAGAAGGGGCGCAGAAAAGAGGAGGGCCCCAAAGAGCUGGAAAUCGAUGACAGCAUUGUGCCGGAACAUAGCCGAGAGUUUUAUCUGAUUCAGAUCCGAGAGUUGGAGGGGCGCCUGGCCCGAUACCAGCAGAAAUGGGAUGAGCUGCAAGUGAGCGAAGAACUUUUCCGGAGCGAAUAUGAAAAGAUGCUGGCCGACAACAAGGAGAUUGUGUCCUUCCUGAAGAAGACGCUUAACCAACGGGUGGACGAGAUUGCAGACUUGAACAGUCAGUUCCAAAAUCUCCAGCAUGCCAAAGACUCGGAGAAGGAUGCUUUUGAAACCCAACUGGUCCAGCUGAGACACGAAUUCCAGGAGACCAAGGACCAGCUCACGUCGGAGAAUAUGUUGCUAAGCGGGAAGUUGGCCGCGCUGGAGGAAUUUCGGCUCCAGAAGGACGAGAUCUUGGCCAAGUUUGCCGAGCGGGAAAAUCAGCUGAAGAAGGAGGAGGAACAACAUAAAGAAGUUAUCUAUAACCUCGAACGGAAGGCUGUCAUAGAUAAAGAACGGCUGAAGAAGGACAUGCUGCACCGGGUGAACACCGUGGCAGCCGAGUUCCGGAAAGUUUCCAACAACCAGAUGGCGGAGACCACCAAGCGCACCAUCCGGGAGAACGUCACCAUCAGCCUCCAGCUGACCAAAAUCACGGAGCAGAGCCUCCAGCUGAUCCAGGAGAACGACCGCCUGAAGGAGGCCCAUGCCGAGGCCAUGAAACAGCUCCAGUUGCUGGAGAACAACGAGAAGAUGAUGGCUAAAAACAGCCUCAGCAACCAGAAGAUGAUUUGGAUGCUGACCGAGAAGUGCAAAAAACUGCAGACUCAGGUGGACGAAUACCUGAAAACAAAGACACUCCUGAGCAAGACGCAGAAGUCCAGCGAAACCCUCUUGCAGCAGAAUUUGAUACUCCGAGAAGAGCUGGCCAUGCUGAAAGAAGAAAUGGCCCAAAAAAUGGCGAAGGAGCAAGACCAUGUGAAGUUGCUGAAAGGGGAGCAGCAGCGCCGGGUGAACGCCGAGAGGGUGCUCAAGCACGUGGCUCAGAGCCUCAAGGAAGUGCUGGUGGAACGGCCGCUGGAGGAGGAGGACGGCGACUUUGAUGUGAUCUUCCAACUGCGGCGCAACGACGCCUUGAGCAGCAUCCUGAGCCUCCUGCACAAGAGCAUCACCCACCUGGAAGCCCACCAGGCGCUCCACCCUGUCCCGAUAGAGAGCAAGCUGGUCAAAGUCACCAACCUGGCCACGAGCUCCUCCAACGAAUGGCGCAUGAAGGCUUCCCACAUGAUGUCCCACUGCAACAUCUUCAAUAUGCCGAAGCCGAAGCAUGUGCACAGCAUGCCCUCCAUGGUCUCUCUCUCCUCCAAGCAGUUCGUCACCCUCCGCCCGUAUUCCAGCACAACCGAGGUCAGUGGGGAGCAGGGCUCGGCGGGGCUGGGAAGGGGAGGGAGGAACAGCUUCCGGAAAACAUCUUUAGUCAGAAUGUGGAAUGCCGAGGGGCGCACCAGUGUCACCGCGCCAGUCAGGAGCGCCAUCCAGGUGCCGGAGAAAGUCGUCCAGGGGACCAAGGAAGUGGUCCAUGAAGAAUGCGACUUGCCAGAACUAGUGACCCACGUCACCACGCAGGAACUGCUCAGCAAGUAG